CAUGUGAAUACAACACCCAUGUUAAAUGAUCCAAAUGACUCACUUGAAAGUACUUGAGACAAACUUGGCGGAAGGAGGACUGACCUAUUUUUUUUUUUUUUUUUUUUUUUUUUUUUUUUUUGUGUCUCCGACGCAGAUGAAAUCCAAUUCUGUUUCAAGUUUUCUCCUCCACUUCAGCAGCCUAUGAAAAAGAAAUAAUGCGACUUACGCGCAGUUGAUGCCUGCUAGAAGCCAGCCCUAUCCUCAUCUGCCAGUCUGUCUGACUUUGGAACCUACAUUAUCUCCAGACUCCAACCGCAGAACCAGAGCAGAGCGACAGAAACACCGAUGGAAAACCAUGCAGCAGCACUUUGAACCCAUGGAGACAUGGCACAGAGGUUCCUUUCAUCUCCAAACAGAUUCAGCGCCAGAUUCGCUUUUAUUUUCACUAUUUCACUCUCUUGCACAUAUUUAUGCUAUAGUAUUCUAUUCUGUCGCGGUACAAUCAUGACACAUCAGGGUUACGAGGGGAAAAGAUGCGCUAAGAACGCAGGAGGAAAGAAACUUCUGGGGAAAUUAUCGGACAAUUGCGCGUCGCUGGAUGUGAGGUCCGCUUUGGAUGAGGUUGGUGUCCACAGGGAUCCGAGUGACGUCCGGGACCAAAGUAAAGCUUCUGCCUCGUCUGGAACUCACUGGACUGAUGCCAAGUUGAAAAAUAUAAGCGUUGCGCAAAAGUAUGGGAAUAAGAAGCUGCCGAACGCGUUGAUUGUCGGCGUAAAGAAAGGAGGAACCAGGGCGGUGCUGGAGUUCAUCCGGAUACAUCCAGAUGUGCGCGCACUGGGAACAGAACCGCACUUUUUCGACCGAAAUUACGACAGAGGACUGGACUGGUACAGGGGAUUAAUGCCAAGAACACUCGACAGCCAGAUCACAUUAGAGAAGACUCCCAGCUACUUCGUCACCAGAGAGGCACCCAGAAGAAUCUCCAGCAUGUCCCACGAGACCAAGCUGAUUGUCGUGGUGCGUAACCCAGUCACCAGAGCCAUCUCCGACUACACACAGACUCUUUCCAAGAAGCCCGACAUCCCUACGUUUGAAGAGCUGGCAUUUAAGAACAGGAGUCAGGGUCUGGUCGACACUACCUGGAACGCCAUUCGGAUCGGUAUGUACAUAAUCCACCUGGAGAACUGGCUGCAGUACUUCCGCCUGUCGCAGAUGCACUUUGUGAGCGGGGAGCGGCUGAUCACGGAUCCGGCGGGAGAAAUGGGCCGCGUCCAGGACUUUUUAGGCCUGAAGCGAAUAAUCACGGAUAAGCACUUCUACUUUAAUAGAACCAAAGGAUUCCCCUGCCUGAAGAAGCCAGAGAGCAGCAGCCAGCCUCGCUGCCUGGGCAAAUCCAAAGGCAGGACUCACGUACAGAUCGACCAGGAGGUCAUAGAGCAGCUGCAGGAGUUUUAUAGGCCAUUUAAUAUCAAAUUCUAUGAAACAGUGGGACAUGACUUCAAAUGGGAUUGAGAAUGCCUCGGCAAGGCUUCGCUUUUACCUCUGGAGACAUAAAUAAACGUGUCUUCAUCAUCAUGUUAAAACUAUUGAGCUAUGUAUAAAUGAAUAUAGACUAAGGCUACGUUCAGACUGCAGGCUAAUGUGGCCCAAAUCCGAUUUUUCUACAAAUAUGUGACCUGUAAAAGACAGUUUUGAACAGCACAAAUCAGAUUAUUUAAAUCCAUCCCAGGCCACUCUCAUAUGUGGUCCUAAAUCUGAUACGUAUCUGAUA